GAUCCGCAUGCUAGCUCAAGCCUUCAUUCUGUCCCUAAUGGUGGACACUCUCUCUGGGACAACUCCUCUAUUUCUGUCCAGUUUCCAACCCCGAGUCCCGCUGCCUGCCUCUGGUCAGAUGCUCAAAGUGACUGUGGACUAUAUAGAAAUUUGCUUUGGAUUGUUGUCAAUAGAAAGAAGCAGAGCUGCCAGAGAGGGCCUUGUGAGGUGACAGGGCAGGAUCAGAUCAGCAAGGCCUUUUUGGGGAGACGGAGUGAGGAGUUUACAUUAAGGCCUAAAUUAUGGAUUAUAAAACUGGAAGGAAAACAACAAAUUCCAGGAUUUCUUUGGACAGAGGCCAGCUUAAAGGCACAAUGUCUUAGAAGCUACUGGCUGUACAAACUCCUGACUGGGGGUCCCAAACUCUGGGUCCUGUAGCUCCAGUAGCAAGAAGAAGGUAUCAUUUUGAGGUCUGUAUGAAUGACUCAACAAUUGAGGACAGAGCUCUUUGUUAGCGAGCCUGCAUCAUGACCUCAGUUGAGAAGCGGCGCUCAGGCCGAAAGAGUGGCGGGCAUCGAAAGCACAGUGAUGGAGGCUACAGCGACACCUCCAGUGGUGGGUCGUUUCUGGAUGAGACUGACCGUGAGGUCAGCAAUCUGACAGAUCGAGCAUUCAGGAGUCUCUGCAUUGGAGAUGAGGCUGUUUAUAAUGACUCAGACCUCUGUUCAUCUUCACCCUGCACCCAGAGAGACAGACACCUUGCCUUUAGCCAGAGUGACCAGGGCAGAGAGGACAGAGACAGGGAGAAACUUAAGAGAGCUGCACAUGAGAGCUUCAGCCUCAGGGUACAGCAGUAUGGACAGGAUUGGAUCCAUGGAGGAAUGUCUGGGGCUGAGAUCAACAGAGACCCACAGUGGGAGGUUUAUGGGGAAAGGACACAGGGGAAAGUUUCUGCCACAUUCCAGCACUCCUUUGUGGAAACUUCUCAACUGGAGGAAUCUCUGAGGGGAGACCAGCUGUCCUUCUUCAGCAAUGGAGCCACAGAGUUCAGUUCGCAGCAACGCAGAAGCCGCUCCAGAGUUUCCUCUCUCAUCAGAGCUUUUAACUCUGAGGGACAAAGGGAUGCAGCAGGGAUGGAUGGUAAACUCACAAAAGAGUGGAAUGAUGAGACAAGCUGGGACAAAUCAGCUCUGAUGAGUAUCCAAAGAGAACUUUCUGAAUUCUCUACAUCGUACCAGCAAAACUUUAACAGUGGUUAUUUCCCUUCAGCUGGCACGUACUCAUCCCGUGACACCAACUUCUACUCCUCUGAAGUAGCAGGAGUGGCUCACAUGAAUUCUACAUCCUCUUUUAUGAGAUCUUCACACAGUAAACACAGCAUGUCUGCACAGGUCAACUCUAACUUCUUUAUACACAGCGAGUUUAGUCCCUUUAAGGUAUGGAGGGACCAUAGCAGGUUUCCCUUCCAACAAGGAGAAGUCUCAGGGUUUAUGCACUGUUCACAGUUCCCUAAAUGGUAUGAGACACCAAUGUAUAAGGAGCUUUCACUGGAGGCCCAACCACAGGGUUCUUAUAGGUUUGAGGAGAGGAGUAUCAGACAGCCGAGGAAUAACUUAGCGCCAGUGGUUCCUUCUACUCUGCCACGCUCCACCUCAACAUCCACAAUGCUGCAGAAAUCUUUGGCCGUGGAGAAACGGUGUGAGUCAGAGUUGGCAGGUAAUUACCCCCACAGGAAGCGGACACAGAGCCUGGGAACUAACAGGCUUCCAUCCCAACGCCCAUCGACUGCAUCACCUACCAUCGAGAUGUCUCGACGUGUCCGGGACACCAUCAGCUCUGUCAAAGCCCUCCAGCAAAAAAUCAAAAUGAUGACAGAGCAAAACAUUGCAACUGGGAUGACAAAUCAAGGUGUACUUUGUAGCAAUGAAAAUUUAAUCCCCUUUGGCAACAAUGCAAAAACAGUAUCGCCAAAUACUGUCAGCAGUAACGCAAGCACAACUCCCUUCAACAUCAGCCAGUUGCUCACACCUUUAGUCCAUGCACAUCAAGAAGCAGAGACAUCCGAUGUCCAGCAGUAUGCAGUUUCCCCUCAACCUGUAGAACAUCCUCCAGUGCGGGCUGAAAGCAGGGGAGCCACUCCUGAUGUUAGGAUGUCCAGCUACAAGUCCAGAGCCACAAGCCUACUCUUUAAUCUCAAAGACAACAGGAAAAGAGUAAAAAGCACCUACAGUCCCACCAAAUUUAAAGGCUUGGAGACACUGGAGAAAAACAAACAGCCCUCUAUCCGGGAGCUUAGAGACACUGUGAUAGAUAUCCCUGAUUUUCCAGAUCCAGACAUUCAAUUUCCCCAGUUAGAAGAAUCCAACAGGAUGAAUGCUGCCUCACAUCAAUGUGUAAACGAGUAUCAUAGCCCUGGAUUGUCACUUAGAACACUGAAUUCUCAACCUUCAGAAUGCACUUCAAGUGAUUACCAGGCAGCUCAGAUGCAAGGGGAGAUGGUUCAUCAAUCUGGGUUCACUGGCUUCAUACCUGAAAAUUCGCCUGGCAAUCAGCUGGCUAAUGGACAGAAUCUCCAUGAAAACAUAGUGUCAUUUACUCCCUAUAAGCAAGGAGUAAUAGAUAAUGUAGAAACUCUGGAAGGAGAUGUAUACAGACUUAAACCCUCUUAUAAAGCUACAGAAACGCCAAAGCUAAAUGCUGACAGCAAUCAAAGCAGAGAAUGUUUAAUAAGUAAGGCAAAUACUGAGCAACAUUUUAAUGAAACAGUGGGAAGGGAAUUCACAAAGCUGGAUAGAUAUCAGCAGCUCAAAGACAACAAACAGAAUGUGUCCACACAGGAUAGGUGGAGACAGACAAACAGCCAAGACACACAAAAUAUCAGUCUUAAAGCAGUUACCUCUCCAUGGAAACAAGAGAUGACUGCAGCCGCGAUAAAGGAACUAAAUUUACCAAGUAACAAAUACAGAGGAGAAAGUAUAAAUAAAGAACAUGAAAAAAUAGAGUUGAGGGAGAGUUUUGGUGUUGGAACAUCUUCUCAUAAAAAGGCUGGGUUGGUCAGUCCAAACAUUUCAAACCAACUGCUACAAUAUGCUCCAUUUAGUAAUGACACUGUAGAAAAUCAAGCAUAUUAUGGACAACAGCUAAAUGAAGCAUUUAAGGACAAACAUCCACUUCAAAAGUAUUAUGGACACAAUAAGGAAAAUGAAAUGAAAGAUCAUUUUUUGACACGGAAUUAUAGCAGAGAUACUGACCAAGAACGCAGAAACCAACAAACCUUUUAUUCAAACAAAGAAACAACUAUGCUCACACAAGAAACAGGUCAAAGAAAACAAUAUACACCAAUUCCAAAGGGUCAUGAAAUGCAAAGUCUCCUGCCAAUGGAAGCUAAACUACAGCUUGAACAUAAUAUGCAGGAAGAUUCAUUAUCUAACUCUGAAAAUGCAUCUGCCCACACAAUGGCAAACCGGAUAAAACAUAGACAGUUUGAUGAGGUCAAGGCUGAACAGGCCAUGGCAGAACAUAUAAAAGCACAACACGCCCAAGCAGAGCUGGCAAAGGCUCAGCACUGGGCUCAAGAGGAGCAGCCCAAAGCGGUGUCGGCUAGGUUAAUUUUAGCAGGGCAGACUGGUUCAGAGAAAGUCAAGGCAGAACAGGCCAAAGCAGAAAUAACAGAGCACAAGAGAGUAAACCAGGCUAAAGCAGAACAUAUUAAAGAGGAGAAGGGAAAAGAGGAGCAGACAGAACAGUCCAGAGAAAAACAACUAGAGCAAGCCACUGAGGAACAGACAAAGGCAGAGCGAACCAGAGAGCAGAAGGUAACUGAGGAGCUAAGAAAUAUUACAGAGGGAGCAGGAGCCAAGCACAUGAGAGAGAAGCAGUAUGAGCAGGUCAAAGCAGAACACGCUGGAGCAGAGAAGCUAAAAGAAGAACACAUAAAAACUGAACUGGCAAAAGCUGAGCAGGCUGAGAAGGCAAUAAUAGAGCAAUCUCAAACGGAACAGGCCAGAAGAGAAAGGAUCAAAGCAGACCAAUAUGAGGAAGAACAGGUAAGAGCAGAACAAGUUGAAAGAGAGAGGAUGGAGGCAGAACAAAUCAGAAUGGGAAAGGUUCAAGCAGAACAGGCUGAAGCAGAGCAUAGAAAAGCUGAACAAGCUAAACUAGAGAAGAUAAAAGAGCAACAAGCUAAAGUAGAACAAGACAAGACUAAGGUAGCUGAAGUGAGAAAGGUAAAAGCAGACAAUAUUAAAGUUGAGGAUGUUAGACAAGAGCAAGCUGAGGAAGAUUCAAUUCAAGUAGGUCAAGUAAAAGCAGAGCAAUCUACAACACAGAUAAAUAUAUCCAAAGAGGAAAAAGUUGAAGAGAGAAAGGCAGAGCAGGCAAAGUUGGAACACACCAAGAUGGAGUUAGCAAAAGUAGAUCUAACAAAAACAGACAAAAUGCAGGAAAGGUCAGCUAAACUUGCAGCAAAACUGACUGCGGCACAACAGCUCAAAAGUGAGCCAGAUAAAGUUGAGCAAGUUAAGACGGAGUUAGCCAAAGCUAAAGCAGAAUUAGCUAAAAUAAAGGAGAAAAUGAGAGGAGAGCAAAAAGAAAAAGUCAGAAAUACGGUUCUCACAAAAGAAGGUGAGAUUGAGAAAGAUGUUUGUUUAAGUGUAAAUAUCAAUACAAAUGAAGAGUACAAACAUCAGGACCAGGCAACACAAAUGCGUCAACAGAGGGAAGACUUAGUAGUUGUCAGCAGGCAAAGUGAGGAUCAAGGUAACAGAGGGGCUGAUGACUAUAAGUGUUUUAGAGAGGAAUGUGGUUUUACUGAUUCAGCUUCAACAAACAGAAACAAACUGUCAGCUGCAGGAAAUGUUUCUUGGAAUGAUGCCAAUCAAACACCCUCUUUAUCAUUUAAUAAAGUUGAAGCAACGAAUAAUGGGAAAUCAAAAGACAAACACAGUCCUACAAGCAGGUUUGCAACACCUAACACAGAAAAUAAGGAGGAAGGAAGCAGCUUUAAAUCCAUUAAGGUGACAGAAAAUCACUAUGUUUACAGUGAGUCAUCCAAAGAAUUCAAGUUAUCUGGUGACGAUUAUAUACCUAGCAAUGUAAAUGCAAAAAGUGAAAAUAGUAACACUGUUACUGAUAAGGUGAAGGAUGACCGUGUUGAAAAUGAUGAUCCUCACAGGAAACACACUGAUGUUUCACAGCAACAAGAUUCUGAUUUGGUUAAACCAAUCCUUCUUGAAAGAAAACCCAAGUCAAUUGAGCACAGUGUAGGUAAAGAUCCGCAUUUUACCCCUCUCAGAGCACUGUCCCAUAAAGAGAGAGCCCAGACCAAGCAGGAGAUUCUGACUUCCAAGAUAAAAGCUCAUGCUGAAAAAGAGAUUUCAGCAAUUAAAGAAAAGGGUUUUGCUAUACGAGAUGGGUUUAUAUCCAAAACUUCUACCAAGCAAUUAGCAGGUACUCAGAGUAUUAACAUACGACAGAGGCCACCCUCCCAGGAAGCGUCUAAAAAGCACGAAAGUACAAUAUCCAAUAAUAAUACACCAAAGCACCAGAUGGAGCCUUCAGGAAUACUAAAGGAACGAGUCAAGUCUGUUUCACCUCCCAGCUCUGCUAGAAUACCAGUAAAGUCUUCUGCAACCACCGGUCAGUUAGUAGACCAUUCAAAGAAACAAGUUCCUAAAGAACCAAUAAGCAACUACAAAGUGUCACAACCACCCAGAGAAGCAAAACUGAUGGGACGUUAUACCAUGAGCACAGAUGAGGGCUUGAUAGAAAACCAAAAGAAAGAGAUUCAAUCUGGAAUUAAGUCACCAAUGCAAAGUAAAGAGCAGGCACCCAAGAACAAGCAAGGAAAACAGGAACCAAAUCAUGGAGAAAACUCUGUAAAACAGACAGAGGGACUUAAAGAGAAUCCUGCUGUUAACACUGACUGUCUCGACAAGAAGAAAGAGGAUCCAUCACAAGCUAUAGCUCUGGUCAAAACUGAAAGCUCCAAACCUAUGACAACAGAAAAUGCUGAAAGCAAAAACGAAGCAGUUCAUGAGUUGUCAGCACCUUCACUAAAUCUUGUCUUUGGUCAGAACGAGACCCCAGUGGAUGACGACAGCUUGCAGAUCACAGGAAUAAUGGUAACUGUACGAGAAAGAAAGCCACCUGUGAUCAAUGCUCAGAGGAGUAACAGCACUCAAGAUCAACUGGAUGCAGAAGAGAAAGAGUACAGUAAUUCAGAGCUAGACACAUGCAAUCCCAGCUCUGGUCUAGAAGUAAAUAAAGGAAAUAUAUAUUCAAAGGAAGUUAGCAGAGUAAAUGGAAAGGACAGAGUUGUACCAAACACUCAUCCUACAGUGAAGGAAGAUCAAACUAAAUUUUCUGUGAAAAAUCAUACUAAGAACGUGCAAGAAAUCUCAACCCUAGAGACAAGACAAAACAAUGUGUCUGAGAAUGUCCCUGUGAAAAAAGCAAAUCUCAAGGGGGAGAGUUUUAUAAAUGCAAGACCCCAAAGUGAAACACAACUGCAACCACUAGCUGAAAAAGGUGUGUCCUCCACAGUUACCUACCUACCUUCUAAAGUGUUGGCUGAAACGCAACCCCUUCUCUACAACCAGGACAUAAUAGCAACAGAAACCAAAGAACACACAAAUACAAUGCCAAAAGAGAACUCAGCUAAGAGCAUAAGGACUGGUGAAGUAAAGAUUAAUACAGAAGAGGAAACUCCACUAAAAAAGCAAACAGCACAAAUCAGUGAGAACCAAAUGACCAAAGAGGUGAACACAGGAUUAAGCUACAUAAAUGAUUCAAACGGAGCUGAUGGUGAAACUCUGAUAAAACAUGACGUCCAGCCAUCAGUGAAAGAAGAUAUGACAACGGUCAUAAAUCUGUCCAAAAACGGGAACAUAGAUGGCAAGAGUGCACCCCUACCGGAGGAAAAGAGACAUGACGCAACACCACCAAAGCCAUUCAACAAAAUCAGUCUUUCUAACCAUUUAACUGCAAAUGACAACAGAAACGUAUCUCCAAAACAGACACACAUUGGAGAAAAUAACCAAGUUGAUGAUGAUUUGCAUAUUGGCAGCAUUGCCAUCAGAGUUGUGCCAGCAGAAACAGACAAGCAUAACCUAAAAAUGGCAGGAAAACAUCAUGUCACAAUUGACCCUUCUGAUGUAGGUAAAGCUAAUAAACAUAAACAAGUUGCGUCAUCUAGUCAUGAUGAAAAAGUGAACACUUUAAGCAAUGAAGACAGAACCAAAGACCUAACUCCAACAAGCAGUGAGAAGCAGAUGAAAGACAGUUUGGAAGACAAAUUGGGAGUACACUAUGCCAUGUCCAGUGUGAAAAAACUGUCAGAUUCACUAAAAAUCUGCAAUCAACAAAACAACAUGAAUGCAAUCAGUGAAAAUACUCAAGCUGAAAAUGGAAAGCCUGAAAAAGUUAAUAGAAGUGUGAAAGCACUAAAUGAAUCAAAGAUAAAACCAACAGAGAUAGACUACUUUCAAGUGCAAGGGGUAGCAGAAACAAAUAGUGAACCCCACAAUAGUGCAAAUGCUGGAGAUAUUUCAGAUGCUGUUUCAAAGGGAAGGGAACUUCCCGGGUUAUUACCAAACAAUGCAGCUAUCAGCAAUGAGUCAUACAAUGAAGGAAAAAAUGCAGUCUUUGAGUUGGAUCAAAGUAAAAGGAAAACAGUAGAAUUAAGUUCAGUAAGAGUUCUAGAUGAGAGCAUGAAAAGGAAAAACAGGGAAACAGAAGAUAGUCUGGCUUCAAAACAGAGUGAUGGUCCCACAGAGAUACAGAGUAAUAAAAAUGAGAAGACAGCAGCAGAUCAUGCUAUCCAUAUCAGAAAACAUCACACAGAGGACCAGCCCAGUUUAUCAGCAAGGGAAAGACAGAACUCAAGAAAUUCACACACAACAAGAGAAACCCCUGAAGUUAAACCAAAAACAAAAGAACGGAUAUCCACAAUACCUGAGAUAUCAGCAAUUGCAGACUACGCCAGGUUAAAAGUAAUUGUUUCAGAAGACCAGGCAAACACAAUUCAGGAAUUCCCACCCAACAAAAAGGAGGGAUUCUUUCCACUAAUACAGACUCGUCAUAGCAGGUGUCCAGUAUUCACUGCUGACCUACAAGACGUCCCUGUGAAAGAGAAAAGUUUGCCAAAUAAAACAGAGGUCAGCUCCAAAUUGAACAAAGAGCCCAAACCCUUAGUAUUUCCCAUUACGGAGAAAGAACACCAAAGGACGGGGAUGUUCAAGCUGGGGGACAAAGAAAGACAAGAGAAUAUGCUUUCAGAUGUUAAAGUCAAUGAAGAUGUAUUAGACACUGGGGCAAAACAUGCACAACAUCUUAAAGAAAUAAACAAGUCACCAACAGCUCAUCUUAAGAACCAGGGAAGUGAAGAACAAGUGGCCGGAAUCCAAAGACUUCGUCAAAUAGAUCAAAGUAUUCAUAAGCCAAACAACCCUCCCUUGCAAGCAACUACCUCAUCUUCAUCUUCAGUCAGCAGGCCAAAAAACACUUCUGUGUCACAUAACCUAAAGCCACUUGAUAACUCCAAUCCACAUGAAAAACCUGAAUGUUCCUCAAAAGCUGAAAGAAAACCAUAUUUGGAUAAAAGCUCUCAUCCAUUGGGGGGAAUAUACAACAUAAAGGAAAGCACAACAACUCUAAGAAAAGAUGAGAUGAGUGCACUGGCUAAGAACGGAGAAGACAGAACAGAAAACUUAAAACAAGAAAGACUUGCAACUCAGCGUGAAGAAACCAAAGUAAAACAGCAGAGCACACCAAAACACUUGGAUGAAAAACAAGCUUCUAGGAUAGAAGUGGAGAAAAGAGCAGAAGACAUGAAAAUAAAACACAUGUUAGAGGAGAGUAGAGCUUCUCUGGCUGAAGAAGAGAGGAGAGCUGCUCAGAGAGAAGAUGAGAGGAGAGCAAGAGAGCGGGAAGCAAUAGCUAUUAAGAUCAAGGAGAGAAGGGAAAAACUGAGAGAAGCAGAGAGAAGAACAGAGGAAGAUAGAAAAGCAAAAAAGACAGAGGAAGAGAGAGCAGCUCAAAAAGCAGAGGAGAUGAGAGCAAAACAAAGAGAAGAAGAAAGGAGAAUGAAGGAAACUGAGGAGAAAAGGAGAGUAAAGAUUGAGGAGGAGAAGAGAGCAAAACUGAGAGAGGAGGAAGAGCGGAUAAAAGAGGAUGAGGAGAAGAGGAGGGUCAAACUGCAAGAGGACAGAGCUGCUCAAGAAGAGCAGCAAAAGAGAGCUGCACAAGAGGAGCAGCAAAGGAGAGCUGCACAAGCAGAGCAAGAAAGGAGAGCUGCACAAGCAGAGCAAGAAAGGAGAGCUGCUCAAGAAGAGCUAGAAAGGAGAGCUGCAGAAGAGGCCCAGCAAAAGAGAGCUGCACAAGAGGAGCAGCAAAGGAGAGCUGCACAAGCAGAGCAAGAAAGGAGAGCUGCACAAGCAGAGCAAGAAAGGAGAGCUGCUCAAGAAGAGCUAGAAAGGAGAGCUGCAGAAGAGGCCCAGCAAAGGAGAGCUGCACAAGCAGAGCAAGAAAGGAGAGCUGCUCAAGAAGAGCUAGAAAGGAGAGCUGCAGAAGAGGCCCAGCAAAAGAGAGCUGCACAAGAGGCCCAGCAAAGGAGAGCUGCUCAAGAAGAGCUAGAAAGGAGAGCUGCUCGAGAAGAGCUAGAAAGGAGAGCUGCAGAAGAGGAGCAGAAAAGGAGAGCUGCACAAGAGGCCCAGCAAUGGAGAGCUGCACAAGCAGAGCAAGAAAGGAGAGAUGCUCGAGAAGAAGAGCAGAAAAGGAGAGCUGCACUGAUUGAGGAGAAGAUACUUGCUGAUAUUGAGGUAGAAAAGAAGAGGAAACAGAGAGAAGAGGAGAAAACUACUCAGAUUUCAGAGGAGGAAAAGAUCAAACAGAUCAAGGAGCAGAAUAAGGCAAAGCAGCAGAUUGAGCAGAAAAGAGCAGCACAGAGGAUGGAUGCUCUCCAGUACUAUGCCAUCACCUCAACAGAAUCAGAGAGGAAAGCCAGAGAAAGACAAUUAUGCUCCCCUUCACCUUCUCAUCCAAGAAACAACCCACCAGGGCUUGAGUCAACUGAGGACUCAGGAUCCCACCCUUGGCCAUAUAGGCCACAUGCCCCUGCAUCUCCAGCUCCAUCUCUGCCCCGCUCGAACACCUCCUCUCCCGCUCUAGGAGCCAAGCCCUCAAUGUUCAGGGUGAAGGAUAAUACCAUCAGAGGUUCGUCUUUCACUAAGUCAGUAAAACCACGCUUCUAUAAGAAUUUUGGAGAGGAUUUCCGAGUGGGUUCACCCAUAGGUUCAGAGAGAGGAGAGGAGGAGCAAGAGACAAUGAGACGCAGUGCUGGAACUCCUGUCCAUCCUGACACAGGGUUACACAGACUUGCCGCUAUCAAAGAAUCCACGACUUUUCAGCCAGCAUCUUCCUCACAGAGUUACUCAGCCCCUCUCCCACAUCACAAGCCUUACUCCAGGAGGAGCAUCGCUCUAGAUGAAGACGACUCCCGCUCUGUUAUCAGCAACAUGUCAGAGGAUGUGGAGAGUUUUGCCACCAGUGCAACAGACCUGGCAGAUGUACGAGGCCUGUAUGACUACGAGAGGCCUGAAUCCGCCUGCAGCUUCAGCAGUGAUGUGUCCCGUUCCUAUGGCAAGCCUCCGGCUGUUCCCCCAAAGAGUGAAAAAGCCUUGCGUCGUGCAAAAAGGUUGACUACUCGGAGAAUCAAGAAGGAAUUGUCCAAAUCUGCAGCAGACGACCCUGCUAGAGUUGAGAAACCUCUUCAAGAAGUCUCCUCCUCCUCCACUGAGGUACGCUCCUCCAACCGGCAUGCUGUGGCUUCCCCUCAUUCUUCCCCACCUGUCUCCCUUGCUCAUGCUCCAACAUUGGGGUCUAGCUUGCCUUUUUCCCACACAGAGCACAAGUCUUCUCACGGCUCUUUCUCUGCUUCCCCUCAUGCCACUGGUCCCAUCUCGCUCCCUGUUGCCUCACCUCAUGCUACUGCCCCUGUGUCCCUCCCUGUUGCCUCACUUCGUGCUACUGGGCCAGCUUCACACCCUGCUGCUCCUAAGACAGUUGCUGAUGUUCCCUCUUCUCCCACUCUCAAACAUGCCAACCACCCAGCUCCAGUGACACAGUACCAUGUAGAGUCAAGCUAUCCCCAGUCCUACCCGCUGACCCAGCGUAAGGUGCUGCAAGAUCUCGGCUCUGGUCAGUAUUUCGUAGUGGACGUGCCUGUUCAAGUGAAAACAAAGACUUUCUUUGACCCAGAGACUGGAAAGUACGUUCAGCUGAAUGUGCGUGAGUCUGCCCAGAGCACCUCCCGACCCAAGCCCCAGCAAACAUACCUACAGCCUCAGCUCCAACCCCAGAUACAAGUCAAGCCGCAACAACAGCCUCUCUCCCAGGCCUCUCCAGCUGGCAAGCCCCUUGUGCUUUAUCAAGGCUAUCAUGGUUAUCCCCAAAGCUACCAACCUGCGACUAAUUCUGUUCCCCACAACAGGUCAUCAGCCCCUGCGACUCUCCACCAGGACCAACAGCCUGUCAGAGAGAGCCAGAGCUAUGGACAUCCAGCCCCUGAAAUGAGACAGAACUCUGAAGGGUAUUGCUACAGCCCGGAGAAGACUCCAUACAUGGACACGGUUAAUGAUCCAGACAAAACAUAUAACACAGUUUACAAUGCACAUGGCCCAUAUGAGUUGGUCCCAGAGUGUGACACAAACAGCCAGCUUGCAGGAAGCUCAGUUUGUGAAAAUGAUAACUCAGCCCACUCACGAUAUCAGCCCCGUGAUAUAAUAACCAUGAGUGAACUGGAUGACUUUAUGGAGCUGUCUGACUGGUGAGAACAAAGACUGGUAUUGACUCAAAAUGGGUUGAUAACGUAAAGCAGAUAAGUGGCAAAAUAAAUGUUGAUAGAAAUAAAAAUACCCCUAGGCACAGAAUGAAUGGAUCAUCAUAUGCAGUAAGUGUAAAUGACUUUUUCAAGUGAAAAUAGUCUCAGAAUGUUUUUGGUUUUAGUUUUAAAAAGUCAUGCUGUUAAAUUGCUGCUAAAGUUCACCAUUCCAUUUGACUUGUGAAUGUGAGAAGCUAAGAUAUGUUUCUUGUGUAUACAGUAAGAUCAAUAUCCCGUUGCCUCCUAAACCUAGAGGUAUGUUAUCAUACAUCAAACAGCAACAGUAUGUCAAUAGCGUUUAGUAGUUUGGAGAAAGUUUCUGCUAUGAACACUGGCAGGCCUGCUUAAGUUUUCUUUCUUUUUUCUUUCUUGUUGGAGAAACUUUUGGCAUUUUGUGAAGCAUGAAGUUUUGUUAAAUUCACAGCGUCAAUCAAAGAUCUGCAGAUGGUGAAAAGCAUAGUUUGUGUAUUCAACCACUCUGUCAAAGUGAAAACAUGUUGAUGAGAUUAUUGCUGUUUAAGGUUUCUUAUCAUACAGUAGUCCAUUUUUAAAGUUGGAAGUUUGUGAGAAUGUUUCUGUGUUGCUGUGUAACAGAGUAGCGUGACAUGGGCUUAUUCAGGAAAUAGAAACACACUUCAUUCUACCAAAAAACCUCUCACCACAAUGACUGUCAAAACCCCCUUGUAAAGAUUAUAAAUAAACAAAGACCAUUUAAAAGA